UGUCCGGACUCAACCCAUACGACGCAAUCUGGACAUCUGGCGUUGCCUGUCCCGAAGGACAGUCCCCUUGUGACCUCUACGUGAAUGACGAAGUAGUGGACCUGUCAAGUCCGGAUGAGUUUCUGUCCAGUGCUCUGGGCGACACCACCUUCACCUACUCAACUGCCGUAGUGUACCAGGCUGUGAAGGACACGAGGGAGGCAUUCAACAUGGCCAGUCGUCUGGAUGAGAAGAGGUUCUUCUGCCAGAUGGAACAACCAUCUCUGAAGAGUGGAAACUUCAAGCCGUGUACGUGUGGGACCCGUGCUUACAGUCGGCACCACAAGUGCUACCAGUUCCUGCCCUCAUUUAACAACACCUGCGAGGAGGGGGGACUGACGGACGCCAUCAUCAGUGACACUACAAUCGAGGAGCUGAUGAACUACAUGAGGAGUGAGAUUGUGGAUGUGUUCCAGAGAGUGGAUCCCGCUAUGAACACCUUCAGGGACAUUGAGGCCAAUCAUCCACAUGCACUCUACAUCAGCGGAAAGAAUGACCUUGGAGAUCCUGUGUGCUACAAACUGAACAGCGACCCGGACGAGUUCGACGCCUUCGACCUAGUGGAAUGCUCAACUGUAAAAGACACGAUGCCAAUGUGCUCAUCACCCAGUGCGACUGGAUGUCCCGCCGAGAUAGAAUAUGGCAACGGGGAUUCCUGUUCAGAAUUGAAGCCAUGCAGUUUGGAGCCGUGUCACGAGGAUGCAAACUGUGAGAGUGCAACAGAUGGUACUAUAACUUGCACAUGUCCGCCCUUGUGGGUCGGAGACGGAGUCCAUUUUUGCAUCCCUCCUGGGACGUGCAAUGCUGACUUCGGGGAGACAUGCCAUGAUCUAGCAGAGUGCAUAAAUGGCACAUGUGUGUGUAAUGAAGGGUACGAAGGAGAUGGAUGGGUGUGCACAGAUAUCGACGAGUGCUCUCCUGAAAAUCGAGACGCAAACUGUGCUCCCGACUUUACCGACUGCACGAACUACGCUUUGAAUGUCGACAACAAACGAUACACGUGCGAAUGUUCUCCGGGAAACCAAGGCGACCCAAACCCCCCGAGUCAGGGGUGUGAGGAGAAGCCUAGGAACUGCUCACAUGCCAUUGCCGAAGACAUCGUGAGUCCCUCGGGGGAGGAGUUCUUGCCGACCGGAUUGUUCCUGGACAUUUCAGAUGACCCUGCUAGCCCUCAGUUUGAGGAAAUUGAGGUACUAUGCAACAAAGACGGUGACACAAAACUGCCGAGUGAGACACCCGAAUGCAGCUCUGAGCUCGUGUUCUCCUCCGACCAGAUCAAACUGAAGGCUUCCAGAGUUCUGGUGGAGAACGAUGCCUACAUGUGCAUGCAGAGAAUCGAAGUGUGCUGUGCUGAGGGUGAUAAUCUGAAGACGUCUCUGAGGUAUCUGGGCUACAAUGACAACUGGUCUCAGGACUUCGGAGGCGAAGUGGAAGGCCAGUGUUCCAGAGCCAAUGGAGACCCCGAAGAGUGCACUGAAGUUACCCCUCUUGACACGGACUGCAAGUGCAACAAAGAGGGCAAGAACUUCUUCUGGGUCACAGAUAGAGCCAUGCUGCCGGUCAAACAGGUCGAGUUUCUCGGAUCCGCGGCCGAUGGGAUCCAGGCGGCAAUCAAUGACGUCAUUUGCCUCGUGAAGGAGACCGUCACCGAGAAUAUCGUCAUGUACAGGAAUUGCGAGGAGGCUUUGGAGGAUAAUGAAUUCAAAGCUGCUACUUACAUGUUGCAGUUUGAAGGAGAGUUUUUUGAUGCAUUCUGCUAUCGGGCUCGAAGUAAAGAUCAGAAGGGCUCCAUCGUCACACAAUUAACCCCAAAAAUGGUGGAAUCUUCUGGGUCCUGCUCUGGCUAUGACCUCCAAUACACUGCAUCAGCUAAGGCCAUCCAGGCAGUGGUUAACGCUUCGAUUGGGUGCAUGCAACAUGUCAGCUUCGACUGUAAUGGCAACCCUAUUUUUGCUGACGAUCAGAUGGUCAAAUACUACGGGCCAGAUGGUCAGUUCAGCUCCUUCGGAACUCCCAGUUCGGACCACGUGUAUGCUGACUCGUGUCCCUGUGGCGUGUUUGGAGAGUGUGAAGAUCCCUCCAAGAAGUGCAAUUGUGAUUCCGGUACCAACACCACCGAUGAAGGAUAUGUGACUGAGAAUCUGCCCAUCACCAGAAUCGAGAACUGCAACCAGUCUCCCUCUGGCUCGCUGGAUGUGGGAGUGUUGUUCUGCUACACCAAGAAGCACGUCAGACUUCCCUACUCCUGCCAGCACUAUGCCGAGCUCCACGAGAUGAAGAGCGGAAUUUACAUGAUCAGCACCAACUUCAGAAGCGAAACAGACGAUAAGGGGAUGGAAGAAUGUCUUGUCAAGUGCAACAUGCACGAGCAGAAAGAGACAGUCUACGGGUCAACUGAGGUCGCAGCCUCUAGAAAAGCCCCAACAGUAAAAGAGGGCUCGGUGUCGUUCGAGUUCAGUUACGAAUCUCUCCAUAACUGCAAGGUGGAGAAGCUACUCGACAUGCGAUGGGGAAAGAGACUGCAUCAGAAAUUGGAGCAGAUCUACGUCACACAAGAGAUCCUUGUCACCCAAUGUCCCACGGCUGAUGUUCUGAACCCCGAGAUGAAGUUGUCGAAUGAGGACGGGGAGGAAGUAUGUGAGUGUUCUGAAGGUCUCAAGGACGCCUGUGCCAGUGGGGCAGGUGACCUCCCGCUGCAUGUCAAAUGCUCCUGCAGUUCAAUCGAGGGAACUGGUGCGGAGUUCAAAGGGAAGCCGAUUGCCAAAGUGGUCAUCAAUGAUCCAGCCAUCACGGGAGACGAGAAGUACGACAUCUUCAUCGGAAACGCCGAGUUCAAAGAACUGGGUCGGGACUGCUUCAACUUCCAGGACAACAGAGGCCAGGCGAGGAAAGUGAACCAGGUGCACGAGUGCAUGAACAAAUUAGUGGGUGGAAGUGGAGGCAGACCGGUCAAGUCCAUUCGCGAAACUGGCAACGGAAGGAUGUGGGCCAAUAUUGACCCAGAUGGUGCCGGAGGAGUGGAUCCCUUCCAAGUCAGAUGUCUGGGUGAUUUGACAGUGGUUGACUCUUCUGUCACCAGGGUGGGCAACUGCUUCAACGUUACCUACAAGAGGCCAGCAAGCGCUAUCCAACUCAGGGCACUGGCAGAAGUGUCCAAGGAGUGCUGUCAGGGUCUGCAGACGAUCGGAGAGGAGUGUGAGUCGAUCAGUGCGCUGAUGCCGAAUGGAUCCCAGACAUUCACUUUCUACAACUUCACAGGAGUGCCACUCAUCGGAUACCCCGGACAACUGGGCAGACCUGAUCGUUCUUGUGCCCAGGGUGGCCAGUGUAAAAAUGAGGAGGGAAAACAGUGCGACCCAGUCGACCUCAAGGAUUUCAAUAACAUCCUGAUUCUGGAUGAUAGCGUGUUCCUGUCCAAGAUCUGUUCCAACGAUCCAGAAGUGGACCUGGACUCGUGCCAGUGGAAGUUGGCUGAUCCUCACAAAAAGCGACCGGACAGAAACACAGCCGUCAAGUGUUCACGACACAGACCCAUCUGUACGGGCAGGGACUGUCACGAGUCGCAGCUGUUCAGCUUCUGGGCCAAAGAGAACAAGUUCAACUGGAAGAUCUACUCAGACAUCCGCAGCUGGACCAUGUUUGAGAAGUCAGGAGUUCAGAUCAUAGACCCCAGCCAGGUGAAGAAGACCUCCACUGACAUAGAGAAGGAUCCGUGCACUGUGUGCUGUCAAGUGGGACCAGACAACAUGCCGUACUCCCAAACUGUACUGCCUCUAGAAGCCGUAAAUAACAACUCAGAGUUGUCCUACUUCGACUCCGAGAGCUGCUUCGAGAAAGUGAUCGAUGCCAGCACUUACUGCUACCAGGACAUUGCAAUCUGUGGGAACUCUGAGGGGGUGAAGAUGUCUUUUGCAAGUGGAAACGACACGGCUCCAAUCAACAUCGAUAGUUUGAAAGAAGCUGUCAGCACGGAUAAAAUGACUGUACUGAACAUGUGCUUCUCUUCUGACAUCUGCUGUGCAGCUGGCGACGACGCAGUCUACGUCAGAAUUGUGGAUAAAGACCAGCUGCCAACUAAGAGUUUCACUCUGGAAUCAUCAGGAGCUGUUCCGGAUGUGAAGUUUGCUGGAACCGUUUGUUCCAAACUGGAACCAACAUGUGUGAGUUUGACUCGCAAUCAUAGAAGAGACAUGUACAUUAACAAGUACCUCGAGUCUGGCUACUAUGCUGUGGAUCCGGAUGGACCAGGAGUGCUGGAACCCAUCAUGGUACACUGCGACUUUGACCACAAGGAUCCAAACAACUCCAUCUCAACACCGGAAGGACAGAAAGACCCUGAGGAUGGCGAGGACUAUGACUUGGAAGAGCUGACUAACAAGACGUACGUGGACCAGGUCAAUAAACUGGCUGAAGUCUCAGGAUUCUGCAAACAGCUCGUGGACUAUAACUGUGUCUCCAAAGCUCACCUGGGCCUGGAGGCAGUUAAUGUCUCUUCGGGACGAGCCCAGUUCGACCUCUACUCAUACAAGGACGGACAGUUCGGCCCAGGUGCCUCCCACUAUGGAUUCGACUACGUGGGAUGUGUUUGCAGCACUACCUACAGCUGUUCUGUCAAGACAGAUCUGUGUAAUUGUGAUGCGGAUGGCGCUGGAUAUGAUGGCGCCCACUUCAUGGACAAGGACUCUCUUCCGGUCACUUUUGUGGCCGGACCAGAGUGGACUGACGCACAGUACACUACCACUGUUCACCAGAUGCAGUGUGCUGACAAUUUACCUGUGAUCUACGACAACAAGACAUGCGAUGACCUCGUGGAGGCUGGAGUGAAAGAAGGCUACAUUGUUGUCGACUCUGAUAUUGUGGGACCAGUAUUCUGCAAAGAAGAGGAAGACCAGAACGUGUUGACAAUCUACCCCGACAAAGUCACUGAUCCAGACGAGAAGAGCGAGACUGAGGAGCAGUUCGAUUGUUCGGAGGAGGACAAGGUCAUCGACAUCGACUACGCGGGACUGACCAACUAUGACCAGAUGAAGAUCAAGGAGUCCCACACUUGUCAUCAGUACAUCCGAUUCUGCAGUGACUCCAUUGGGGUGUCUGGUAACCUGCAGUGGUAUUCUGAGGACGUGGAUGGGGUUGAGACGGGACCCUACACUGUGUGGGGAGGACAGGAGUCCGGAUGCACAUGCAAAAGAGACGACACUUGCUUCGACAGAUCCAAGGAGUGCAACACAGAUGCGUUGUCUGGUGUGAACACGGACGACUUGCUGUGCGACGGUGGCUACAUGGACUACAAGCAGGGACAGGCAGCUGAGGCCUCUUUCGGAUUCCUCACUCGAGUAGUGGUGAAGACGGACUCAGCCACUCAAGGCAACUGCAGUGCUAACAUUACGAUUGGACCUGUGAGGUGUAUGCCUGCCGAAGAAAUACCAAAAACUAACGAGUGCGAAGAAGUGUACGACGACUGCUUCCCUCGGAACAGAUCCGAGUGCAUCGAACAAGACGACGGGUUCACAUGUGAGUGCAUGGCGCCUUACACUGAAGCUGGAAACGAGAAAGGAGGUCGGAACUGUGUGGACGUGGACGAGUGUGAACGAGAGACGGACGACUGUAAUAAACAUGCGGAGUGUACUAAUUUGGACCCCAAAUGGGAGUGUACUUGUGGCGUGGGGUUCACAGGGUCUGGCAGCGACACUUACCAGCCUAAUGGAAAUUCAAAUGACGAUGGUUGUUUCGACAUCAACGAGUGCGAGUAUGACCCCAGUGACCCUAAUGCAGACACUAAUGGUCCAUGUGGAGACAAUGCCCUCUGCUACAACACCUAUGGCUCAUUCGCAUGUGUGUGCCCCUAUGGAUACAGUGGAAACGCAUACGUCGAAUGUCAACCUCAGUGUGAGUGUCUCAUCUGGGGAGAUCCUCAUUACAUCACGUGUGAUGGACUGGUGCACCACUACAUGGGCAACUGCAGACACCAACUGCUGGGACCCUGCCAAUCAUCCAUGGUAGAUGACUUCCCGUUUGUGAUAUUUGGGACGAAUGUUCUGGACAAGGGAUACCCUGACAAGGAUGGAGUGGUGAGGACUAAGAAGGACAGUUACACUAGCUCCAUGAGAUCAGUCGAGGCUUGGUUCAGACACGACACAACUGAACCAUUCGUGAAAAUUCUAAUGGAGAUGGACCGCAUUGAAGGCGGAGAUGUGAAAAAGAGUCUGACUAUUGAUGGAAUUGGAAAGAGGUCUGCUCACAACAUCAAAGACGCUCAAAAAAGAUUCACAGUAGACCAGGAAGGUGACAAUGUAGUGCUGAGGCUUCUCGGAUUUGGCCAAGCACCAGUGAUCACCAUCACAUGGGACGGUAUCCGACAAGCCAAGAUUGAAGCAAAGAAAGGCUACGUUGAUGACGUCAAGGCUGCUCUUAGAAUGUUGACCAAUGAGAGCACAGUGUGCGGUCUGUGUGGAAACUACGACGGAAUUCCAGGAAACGACCGACUGCCCAAAUGGCCCGAUACCCAUUACUACUACCGAGACAACUACCGAAACCUGGAUGCUGAAACAGAUCCAGCCUCGUGCAAAGACGACCCACCGAGUAAAACUGAAGACCCAUCUGGCAUUUGUGGCCCCGAAAUGCUGCCAGAGGCCACUGAAGUGUGCGACAUGAUCAUGACUGAGUUCAAGGAGUGCAUUGACUUGUUCUCGAAGACAUCGGGUGCGUCGGCAUUCCGCGAUGCGUGUAUGAUUGACCACUGUAAGUUGAAUGAUUCCUGCUCUACCAUUCGUCUCUACUUCGACAUGUGCAAGUCCAUGGCCAAUGGUGCCCUCAGGGCCAAGAUCGAAAAAGAACUCAGCAUCUGCGAGGUGGAAUGUGAGGAGGGCUUUGAGCCGAAGAACUGUUCGAGUGAGAUGGCCUUCCAGUGUGACCUCGUUUGUGGAUCCCCCCAGAACGAGACCAUGUGUGCUCAACAGAUGUGCAACCCCUCCAUGUGUGUGUGCAAGGAUGGACUAUACAGGGAGGGCAGCAGGUGCAUUCCCAAAGAGGACUGUGGAUGCUUCAAGAGUGCUGAGGACGGAUACUUCAAGAAUGGAGACUUCUACAUAAACGAAGACUGCACCUCGAACUGUACUUGCAAAUCAGAGACUGGUCAGUUCGACUGUGCAGACAACCUCAUGUGUGAUUUGGAGAUAGCAGUUUGUGGACUGGACACUGAAACAUCCCAGCACACUUGUGACUGCAACGAGGGAUACAGGAUCGGACAGUAUGCCAAUGGAACGUGGCACUGCCAAGACAUCAACGAGUGUGAGGAGGGCCUGUCUGACUGUAAACAUACGAACCAGACUUGCACCAACACUAUUGGAGGAUACACGUGCAAGUGCGACAAAGAGCCUGGCUACAUUGACGAUCCAGACAGCAUAGGAGAGUUCGGGGCCGAGAACUGUCUGGAUGUGGACGAGUGUGCGGAUGAGUCGGACGACUGUGAAGUCUCCAGGCCCGACUCUACCUGUGUGAACUAUCCAGGGGCCUACUACUGCGAGUGCAAUGAGGGAUUCGUACUCAAUGAAGCCACUGGCAAAUGCGAUGACAUCAACGAGUGUUCUCAGAGCACCACGAGUGACAUAGUGGACUGUGUGGGCCCUGGAUCUGUGUGUAAGAACACCAUCGGCUCCUUCGAGUGCUUCUGCAAAGAUGGAUUCAGAAACCUCACCUUCAACUCCACCGAGUGUGAGGACAUUCCCCACUGUGCAGAGGAACUGGAUGACUGUGAUGUGGAGCAGGAGGCCUCAUGUAAGGACAGCACAGUGGCCCCCUUCUACACGUGCCAGUGCACACCCGGAUACAUGGACAACCCCGUCACACUCCAACAGGGGGGCAUGCCGGGACGAGACUGCAUCGACGUCGACGAGUGCUUACUAGCGCCCAAAGUGUGCGACGAGUACGCCAACUGCACCAACAAUGUUGGAAGCUAUGCGUGCGAAUGCAAUGAGGGCUUCAAUGGAACGGGUCAACCUGGCGAGUGCGACAAUAUCAACGAGUGUUCUGUGGGCAGUGACAACUGCCACGACAAUGCCACCUGCAUAGAUGCCGUGCCCAUGUUCACGUGUGACUGCAACACUGGCUUCAAAGGAUCCGGAACCGAGUGCGAGAACGUGGACGAGUGUGAGGAGAACCUACACGACUGCAACUUGACCCGGUCUGUCUGCAAGGACAUUGAGGGAUCGUGGGAGUGUGACUGCACAGCGGGAUACGUCAGGGACUUCGGCACCCAAUGCAAAGACGACAACGAGUGCUCCCCAGACGUGGUGGCCGACAACUGUCCCGGAGUGAUGGCCACUCCCGCUAACUCCACCUGCACAAACACAGACGGCUCAUUCCUGUGUGAGUGCAAAGGGGGAUACUCUGCAUCUGUCAAUCAAGAGGGAGUCACCAUAUGCAGCAACAUCAACGAGUGUAAUGAUGAGAGUCUGAACAACUGUGACGACAACACCGAGUGCACAGAUACCAUAGGAGCAUACUUGUGCACGUGUGUGACUGGGUACAAAAAGACAGAGUCAUGGAAGAUCGCCCUGGACUCGUGGAGCUGCGAAGACAUCGACGAGUGUUCUGAGACUGACUCUGACGGAGACGAACUGCACGAGUGUGAUCAGAAUGGAGUGUGUGAGAACACAGACGGAGGCUACAACUGCUCCUGCAAAACAGGAUUCAGAGGGGAUGGAUUCAACUGCUCCAACAUCGACGAGUGUGAGGAGGGCACGUACUUCUGUGAGCCGAGGAGUCACUGCGUGGAUCUGAUUGGGAGCUACAAGUGCGAGUGUGACGCUGGCAGCACUGAGAACAAUGAGGCCACUGAAGACUUCAAACAGGCUUCCAACGACUCAGGAGUACUCAUCUGCACUCCCAAGAGGUGUCUGAACAAGGUGUGUGACAAGGAUGACUUCAGCUGUGACUUCAUCCCAGACAUGGAGGGGGUCAACUGCACCUGCGCCCUAGAGGCUGGGUGCUCAGAGGAUGAUCAGUCGUGCCAGGAGAAUGCCAACUUGACCCCUAUUGACGCUGACAACUUCCUCUGCAUCUGCAAAAAGGGGUUCGAAAUGAGCGACAACGGACUCUGCGAAGACAUCAACGAGUGUGAGCGAUCUACAGAUGACUGUUCUGAGUCGGCCACUUGCAUCAACAAGGCGCCCUUCUGGGACUGCGAUUGUGACACUGGCUACGAGGGAGAUGGAGUCGACUGCUCCGACAUCAACGAAUGUGCGAACGAUGAUUUUACCUGUGACGAGAAAGAGUACUGUUCGAACACGAUUGGAUCCUACACGUGCAAGUGUGACAGUGGCACCAGACGCAACCCCACUUCAGGCGAGUGUGAGAACAUAGACGAGUGUGAGGAGGAGUUGGACGACUGUGACCCAGUGCUGGAGAUCUGCAGAGAUACGGAACAAUCAUACACUUGUGACUGCAUGAAUGGAUUCGAGAGAACAUCGGAAGAUGAAGCGUGCGAAGACAUUGACGAGUGUUCAAGCUCCUCGCCCCCUUGCGACUUCGAAAACAGUAUCUGUCUCAACACUUAUGGAGGAGUGGAGUGUUCUUGCGAGACAGGAUACUCUCUGGGCGAAUAUGGAGUCUCCUGCGAUGACGUCAAUGAGUGCAAAGAGGGCACUUUCUCCUGCAGUUCUCUGGAGAAGUGUAAGAACACUAAAGGCUCUUAUGAGUGUACUUGCAAAGAAGGAUACGAAAUGGACGAGGACGGAAAAUGCACAGAUGUGGACGAAUGUGCCGAGGACUCUGAGAUUUGUGCGGAUGUGGAGAACACCAAGUGUCUGAAUCUGCCUGGAUCCUACACGUGCAACUGUGUGACAGGAUACGGGAAAAGCGCCUUCGAAAAGGGAUGCUCAGAUGUGAACGAGUGCAGCAAGCCUGACUCCUGUCCAUACCCUGGAACUACAUGUGUGAACAAACAAGGAAGCUACAGCUGCGAGUGCAAGGACGAGGGAUACGUACAGGUGGGCACGGAGUGUCAGGAUAUCCCCGAGUGCAACAAUGCCUCCGACUACUGUGACGAACAUGCCACUUGUGAGGAGCUGGAGGGAUCCUACAGGUGCACGUGUGAAGAAGGAUACAGAGGAAGUGGCAAACCAGGGGACUGUCAAGACGUGAACGAGUGCAUGGAGGCGAGUGACGAGUGUCUGCCCUCCUCGGAGUGUGUCAACUCAGUGGGUGGAUACUCUUGCCAAUGUCAGACUGGAUUCAUCGCACACUGCCACGUAUGCCUAGACAUUGACGAGUGCGCGCAGAUGCCUGGCACGUGCAAGAAUGGUAUUUGCAGCAAUACUCCCGGUGGAUUCGUGUGCGACUGUCCCGAGGGAUUCGAACUGGUGGCUGCUGGAUCUGUUUGCGAAGACAUUGACGAAUGUGCUCGCGGCAUCCACGCCUGUCCCGCUCUCUCGUACUGCAAGAACUCCCAGGGCAGCUUCUCCUGUGAGUGCGACUUCGGGUACGAGAAAAAGAGCGAUGGCUCCUGUGUGGACAUAGACGAGUGUGCCUCUUCUAGUGGGGACGUGUGUCCUGACAACACUGACUGUGAGAACUACAAUGGAGGGUUCUCUUGCAAGUGUCAAGAUGGCUUCAGACUCAAUGAUGACGAUGCCUGUGAAGACAUCGACGAAUGCGAAGAGAACACUCACAACUGUGUCAAGUCAGGCACCAGCUGUCUUAAUAACGAAGGCUCCUUCUCCUGUGAGUGCGAUUCAGGGUACGAGAAAGACGAGAACGAAAACUGCGUCAACAUAGACGACUGCGAGGAGGCCGAGUGUCCCGAGUAUUCCAACUGUGUUGAUAAGUUGAAUGGGUUCAGAUGCACCUGUGAUCCUGGCACUCUGAAGCUCACUCAACCUGAUGGCAGUUUCAUAUGCGAACCUCUCGACCCCUGUGUCAAACCCGAGACGUGCAGCCCCGGAGUGUGUGCCACUUUCAAGUUCGGAGCCGAGUACAAGUACAGCUGUUCGUGUCCCGAAGGAUACGAGGUGGGCAACCAAGGCACCAAUGACGAGUUCUGCCAAGAGUCUGAUCCCUGUCUCGAGAAUGAGUGUGUGAAUGCUGACUGCAUUUCAGUGCCUCUGGAUUUCAGGAACUCGGAGUUGAAACGAAACUACACGUGUAUGUGCUACGACUACGAGUACUGGCGACCCACGGAGGGUAAUGAGGAGUUGGAGUGCGAGGAUAUAGACGAGUGCACUGAGGAAGACGAGGGCGCCAAUCCACUGCACGACUGCGACGAGAAGGACAACCAGGAGUGCAAGAACACACAGGGCGGAUUCAACUGUCCGUGUAUCGAAGACUACACGAGAAAGAAGGGCGAGUGUUUGAAGAAGUGCGAUAAUAGCUUUUGUGAUAAAGAGAAUAAUGAAUGUGUGGAGGACCUGAAUGAAGACACAGGCAAAUAUGCAGACACGUGUAUGUGUGUGAAUGGGUUUGACAGCGAGGCCGAUGACCAGAACUGCAAGGACAUAGACGAGUGUGAGUUGGGUCGGUUCAUUUGUGCGGAGAAUGCGGAGUGUGUGAACACAGUGGGCUAUUAUGACUGUGUCUGCAAAGAAGGUCUCCAGUCAACCUAUCCCAGAGUGGAGGAUUGCACCAAUAUUGACGAGUGUGCGCUGGAGUUGAGCGAGUGUGAUGAAAACACUACCUACUGCAUCGACUCGGAUCCCCUAGAGACAGGGCUGCUCUACGAGUGUCCAUGCAAGAGAGGAUACGCCAAAGAGAACGGAACUUGUGUCAUCGUCGACUGGGACAAUGUGUGUUGGUUUGAUGAUGCUGGCAGCUUGUGUGGCAAUGGAACGUGUAAAACGAAUCCUUCCGACCCCUCCGGAGGAUUCUGCGAUUGCCCAGAUGGAUACACAAUGAACAUCACUCUAAAGGCGUGCAUGCUGUCGGAGGAGUGUGAGACGAACGAGUGGUGCCACAAGGAUGCCACGUGCAAGCCCACUCCAGAGGGAGUCCAAUGCCAGUGUCUGCCCGGAUACUCUGGUGACGGAAAAACAUGCACAGCCAAAGACAAGUGUGCUCUGGACAUCGACAACUGUGAUGACAAUGCCAUCUGCAUUCCCAGUCCCACCACAGACGGUGCCUACACGUGCAAGUGCAAGGCCGGAUUCGAGGGAUCAGGCUUCUUAUGCACUGACAUCGAUGAAUGCUUCACUGAACCUGAAGUGUGCGGCGGCAACUCCACUUGUACGAACAAGCUCGGAAACUAUGAGUGCACUUGCUACAAGGGAUACUACGACGUAGGCUUCGCGGGCAGAGGUUGUGAGGACAUAGACGAGUGCAGAGUGCCGGAGACGACUUCGUGUCACGAGGAAGCCGAGUGUUUCAACGUACAGGGUAGCUAUGCAUGUGUGUGCGGAGAAGGAUGGACUGGAAAUGGAUUCGACUGCGAAGACGUGGACGAGUGUGUGGAGGAUAAGCACAAGUGUGCGUUACAAGGGGGCAUCUGUAAUAACACAGAGGGAAGCUACAGUUGCUACUGUGACAAGGAGGAGGGCUACUCUGGGGAUGGGUUCAACUGCAGCAAAUUGGAGCCCGCUUGUCCUGAGGACUGUCCCCCCAACUCGGAGUGUGUUCUGGGAAGUGGUGGGUCUGUGUGCAAGUGUGACGAUGGAUACUACAAGAACGGGAAGGGACGUUGUGUUGAACUGAACGAGUGCGAACAAAACAACCCAUGCAUCACUCAAAAAUGUGAGAACAAGGACGGAUCUUUCGAGUGCACUUGUGGAGGUGGGAAUGAACUAGUGGACGGAGUGUGUGUGGACAUAGACGAGUGUGAGGACGAGGAGGUGUGUGAGUUGGAGAGCCAGGUGUGUGCCAACAUGCAGAGUGUCCAGGGUACCAGCAGUGCACAGGGCUUCAAGUGCUUCUGCACUGAUUUGGACUGCUUCGAGGAGUUCUGCAACUCAACUGAGGUGGCUAAGCCAGAGGUGUGUGAAAAACCAUCAGUGUGUGAUGAGAAUGCGGACAAAGUGGAGCAGACAUUCUCUGAGUACAAGUGUGUGUGCAAGGAGGGGUUCGAAGGCGACGGAAUCACGUGCGAAGACAUUGACGAGUGUCUUCUGAGCUACGACAACUGUAAUGAGACAGCGAGGUGCUCCAACACAGUGGGCAGCUACGAGUGCAUCUGUCUGCCCGGAUACCUAUGCAUCGGAGAUGGCGAUGGUCCCUGUGGUGGCGGAGGCGGAGACGAGUGUGCCGAGGGCGCUGGAUGCUCAGAGGUGCCUGGACAAGUCAACCCACAGUGCGAAUGUGAAGAGGGCAAAGUUGGCAACGGAUUCGAGGAGUGCGAAGACGAGGACCCCUGUGCUAACAAGACAGACUGUCCGGAACAGAGCACGUGUGAAGUGGACGAAGAAGGAGAGGCGGAGUGUGUGUGUCUGGAGGGCUUCACCGGGCCAGACUGUGACGUAGCAGAAGAUAUGUGCGACCCUGAGAAUGGAGGGGAUGAGUUGUGUACUCACGAGGGGGCACAGUGUGUGAGUGACCCCGAGGGGGGAUUCUCGUGUGAGUGCAAAGAUGGAUAUGAAGGACAUGGACUUAACUGUGUUGACUUGAACGAGUGUGAGGACAUCAACCGAGUGGGCAAUGCGUGUCUGGGCGACUGUGUCAACACUAACGGCAGUUUCUCCUGUCCAGCCUGUGAGGCAGAUCCAGGUCUCACCUCCACCUGCGAGGACAUAGACGAGUGUGCGGACUCCGGUCUGUUCCAGUGUCCAUCUGGCGAGGAGUGCAUGAACACCGAGGGCAGCUAUGCUUGUGUGUGUCCAGAUGGGCAGGAGAGGAAGACUUCCGAAGGCGAAUGUCAAGCUUGCGGAGAUGACGGAUGCUGUCCUAAGGAACUGCCAAGCUGUGACGUCACUGAUCCAUGCUCAUCUGAUGACCUUAACUUCUGCAACUCUGACAAAUCCAGCUGCACCCCAGACGGUGACUCCUACACUUGCGAGUGUAAGUCAGGAUUCCAGUCCAGUGACUCACUCUCCCUCCUGUGCGAGGAUGUGGAUGAGUGUGCAGAAGGAAGUGAGAACAAGUGUGAUGACAAUGCAGAGUGUGUGAACGAAGUGGGCUCGUAUUACUGCAAGUGCAAAGCGGGAUACGAGGGCAACGGGGUCACGUGUGAAGACGUGGACGAGUGUGAGAUGCAGAAUCUGUGUGAUGGUAGAGCCACUUGUGUGAACACGGAGGGAUCCUACCAGUGCAACUGUCCCGAGGGAUUCACCAAAGCCACCAACUUCGCAAAGUGCAAAGACUUGAAUGAGUGUGCGAUGGACAACGACUGCAACUCGACCACUUCCGUGUGCGUGAAUGAAGUAGGCUCCUACAAAUGCAUCUGCAAACAAGGAUACUCCCUGCAGGAAGCCAACACCUGCGUGGACACGGACGAGUGCGCAGACCAAGAUGACAACGGGUGCAGUCCCUUCGAGAAAUGCGUGAACGAGGAGGGAGGAUACUCUUGCGAGUGUCGAGAGGGUUUCGAGGAGGGGCAGGACGGCAGUUGCAAAGAUAUCGACGAGUGUGUAUUGCAACCAUGUGGUCCCCCACCUGUCUCGUGCACCAACACCCCCGGCAGCUACAAGUGCGACUGCGGCUUCAACCUCAAGUUCGACGGAACCACCUGCGUCCCAGUCAACAACUGCCAGGCCAAAUGGCACUCCAAGUAUGACCAUGACUGUCCCUUCAUGUCCAAGUGCAGGGACACUGACGAGGGCUAUGAGUGCGACUGUCUCGAUGGAUUCCAGAGAACGACAGAAGACGGCCCGUGUGAUGACAUCGACGAAUGUGCUGACAACUCUACAUGUGACGGAGAAAUCUGUGCUAAUUUGUACGGCGGCUUCGUGUGCUACUGUCCCGCUGGGUUCUUCCGGAACCUGGCCGGCGAGUGUGAAGAUCUGGAUGAGUGUGAGCUGAAGGGAUUCUGUGUGGGUUCUGGAAGCACUUGUGAGAACACUGAUGGCUCAUUCGAAUGCACGUGUGCAUCUGGAUUCUCCCGGGAGCUGAAGGACGAGAGUGUGGUUUGUGUGGACAGUGACGAGUGUGAGGAGGGCACGGUAGACCCCUGUGCAGACAUAGAGGGCAGUGUCUGUGUAAACCUGCAAGUAGACGACAAUCUCAUCCGCUACUCUGACGCGGAAAAAAUGGAGGUGAGCUUUGUGUCGACCAGCCCUCAGCCUGUGGGUGUCGAGAGCAACUUCGUGAUUGAGUACUGGAGAACUAACUUGGAGGAGACCCUGUUUGCCACCUUCGAUCUAGGCGAGACAAAGUUCGUCAAGUCUGUUCACGUGUUGCAGCAGAGGAACAACUACGGCAACUACGCCACUCAUGGCUUCGCUGAAGUGUGUGGUCCAACAGGGAAGUGUGCACCGUGCAUGGGUGAGUUCACGGAUAGUGACUCAUACACGACUGUGCACUGUCACCACGUGGGAAACACUAUCAGAAUAGGACAGGAGAACAGAAACAUGCUGCUCUACGUGGGACCAGGAGGGGUCAAGGUCACCGCAUCUGAUGUGACAACAGACGGGUAUGACUGCCGAUGUGAGUCCGGAUUCGAGAAGAAACGAGAUCCGGCUACCGGCAAAGUCAAGUGUGUCGACGUAGAUGAAUGCAAAAACCCGCUCGCCUGCGACUCCAACGCCGAGUGCACGAAUACCGAAGGCACUUAUACAUGCACAUGUAACACAGGAUACUUCGGAAAUGGACUCCUAUGCGAGCCUCUUUGCGGACCCUUGACUUGUGGACCUUACAAAACAUGUGAGAUCUCGGCCGACAACAAACCCGAGUGCAAGUGCCGAGUGCCCAGUAACCUUCAAAAGGGAAACAAAGGUGUGACGCUUAUGUGUGGUACAGAUGGUAAGGAGUAUACAUCGGCAACUCAAAUGAUCAGUGCUAACUGCCCGUUGGAUAUAAAAGUGGAGGUCGACUAUGUUGGACCUUGUAAGGAGGAUUGUGAGUCUAUCGAAUGUCUGGGAGGAAGCAAGUGUAUCGAAGACCCGGUUCACGGAAGACCAACUUGCAAGUGUGACAAGAAAUGCAAUGAAACCAUCUACGAGCCAGUAUGUGGCAGUGAUGGCAUGACAUACCCUAGUGAGUGUGUUUUGGACCGGACCAUCUGUGCUCUAAAACACAACACUUCAUCAGAUGACUCACUCAAAAAGGUGUCGGAGGGCGUAUGUCCAGAAGACUGUGUCAUGUCCCCGUGGUCCGAGUGGGGAAGAUGUAGGGCGUUCACUAUGGCCCAGAUAAGCGAGAGUGAGAUCGACUGUGGAGUGGGGAAGAGUGUGCGAACUAGGAGCAUCAAGCAGCAGCCGAACGAGAAUGGCAAACAGUGUCCCUCUCUGAAUGAGAAUGUGGAAGAGAAGUACUGCUACCUCGCACCAUGCAAUGACGACCCGUGCAAGAACAUGACGUGCAGUGGAGCUGACCAGGAGUACCAGGUGUGCAGGAGUGCCAUGUGCAGGUGUCCCGAGUGCAAGUUCGUCCCUGUCUCUCCUGUCUGUGGGGAUGCAGGCACCACCUUCUCCUCCGAGUGUGAACUGAGGAAGAAGGCGUGUGAGAAGACAGUUAAUGACACUGCUGUCCAGUACGAUGGCAAAUGCGACGACUCCACUAACGUGCAGGCUGACCCUGUGGAGUGUUCACUGGUGAGCAAGACAGUGACUGAGCGUGGACCGAAUGGGAGAGGCACUCGAGUGUACAAGGGCAGGGAGUGCAAGGGGGGCUGUCUGAAUCUGAACCACUGCUGCAAACCACUGCAGUCGUUCAACAGGACAGUGGACACUCUGGACACCUUGUUUGUACCUGGCCAGGGCGCAAUCACUCGCCCAUCGGAAGUGAUGGUGGAGCUACCAACAGCUUGUGGGUGUACAAAAGAGGAAAACACCGCAGACUAAUGCAAUUCUAACUUCAAAGAAGAAUCACCCACAAUAGAAGAAAAAAAAUUAACUCAAAGCGUCUCAAACUAUGUUCAGCAUUUCUCUUUGAUGUCUCACCAAAUAUCCGACGACUUGAAAUUACCCAAAGUUUUUAAUUCUCAGGGUUAAAAUAGUCAUCUUUAAGUGGUUUAGUGCUUUAUAAACGGACAAUAGUCAACUUUGUUCGGAGAAGGAAACUCAAAAAAAAGUUAGUUGAAAACAAAAACAGGAAAAAAUUCUUGUCAAUUUUUUUUAGACUUUCUUUGAACGGAGUUGACGCCAAUGAUGUUUCGAGCAACCAAGCUACAGCGCAUGACGAUAUUUGAAGCUUUAAAUUGAUCGAAAUAGCGAAACAAUGUCUUGAUUCUUGCUUUGUUCAAAAACCUGUUUAACCCCAGUUAACUCACUUCAACCGAUAAAUAACCUCAAUUGCUCUGCUGAUGACGUUCUUGUUGUCUAAAACAUGAACUGACGGUGCUGUUGUCAGUUGAUUUAUUUUUCAAUGAAGUAUUUUUAUACUGCAGUGUGGAAUGACGCAUCCUUUGUUUAUGCAAUCCAUUAUGUAAUCGGAUUACACAACCAGGAGGCCGAAAGGUCGCUGCAAAAUUGGCGUAGGAAAACUCUAUCUUUAAAACCAUAUCUCAUCAUAUUCUAAAUUAAAAUUUAUUUUGAAGAAAGA